AUGGAAGGCAAAAUGAUUUGCGUGGCAGUCGAUUCUCACAAGAAAAGAAUAGAAGUGGUGCCACUGAACCAUGCUACUUCGGCAACCACAAUUAAUUACCUGCGUGACAUGUUUAGCCGUUUCGGGGUGCAAAGAACCCUGGUGUCCGACAAUGGAACUCAGUUCACCAGUAACGAGUUUGCCAUUUUUGUUGACAGAAACAUUACACACCUAAGAACCGCCCCUUUUCAUCCGCUGUCAAAUGGGGCGGCGGUGGAGAGGGCAGUCAGGACGAUCAAGGACGGACUACGCAAGGUGAAAGGCUGGACGCUCGAGCAUAACCUCACUCGUUUGCUGCUUAAUUACAGGAGCACUCAGCAGAAAACCGGAAAGUCUCCAGCUGAAAUGUUGCUGGGGUACAAGAUACGGUCACGACUGGACACCUGCUUUCCUGCGUCGGCGGGGCCCAAUGCAAACGAAGAAAGUGACAAGUUGUUGCCCCCAGUGACCUGUUAUGUGCAUGUGCGCAACUACGGGCCCAAUGGUAAAUGGAUACCAGGGAGAGUAACAGCCCCAUCGGGCGGGCGGAUGAUCACAGUGGAAACUCCGCAAGCAAGCGUUCGGCGGCACAUCGAUCAAGUUCAUCCUCGUAUGGCAUCUCCGCAAGGCGAACCAUCUUGCACCAGCCCGGACACUAACAGCAAGGACAAUACACUGACCGCAACGCCCUUCAGCCUGCUGCUAUUCCCAAGCCCCGACGACGCUGCGAAAGCUUCGCCUAGGGAGGUGCUUCCAGACAUCCACCAGCAUGCGCUGGCUGCUGUCCCAACGCCCACUCCACCCGGGACAAAUCAACAAACCACACAACCCCUCCGUCGCCCCGCCGCGGUGGUCUAG